AUGCAGGCUUCGCAAGAAGACAGCUGCAAGCAACAAUCAAAUGUCCGGUUUGUCAGACAUCUUUUCAAAUCCCGGAAGGCGACUCUUUCAAGAACUCAGCCCUCAUCUUAUCAUCUCAACCGAUUGGUGGAUGUUUUGGCUCUUAACGUUGGCGGCACACAGGCCCCGAAAUGUGGCAGUUGUGAUGAGAACAACACCGCUUCCUCUUACUGUUUCGUGUGCCAGAACUUUCUUUGUACUGCUUGUUUUGAAGCUCACCAACGCUUGAAGGCCACAAGAGGUCAUCGCAAUGUUGUGAUAGAGAAAUUGCAAGCACAAGAUGUGGAGGAUUUGAUCCACAGACCCGUCAUGUGUUCACAGCAAUAUCACGAANUUGUACUGCUUGUUUUGAAGCUCACCAACGCUUGAAGGCCACAAGAGGUCAUCGCAAUGUUGUGAUAGAGAAAUUGCAAGCACAAGAUGUGGAGGAUUUGAUCCACAGACCCGUCAUGUGUUCACAGCAAUAUCACGAAAAUCAACCGCUGGAAUUUUAUUGCGAAGAAUGCAAAGUUCCCAUUUGCCACAAGUGCAGUGUAGUUAGUCAUAAUCGACAUACCAUGACAGACACUCAGAAAGCCGCACAAGUACAAAAGAUGCAAAUGAAGGACGCUUUGGAGAAAGUGAAAGCGGAAACCAUUAUCAACGAGAAAAAUAUACGGAAACAAGCCGAGUUAAUGGACAAGAACAGAAACGAAAUUCUGUCCUGCGAAAAGAAGAUGACAGAUUUAGUGGAAGAAUUGAUUCGUGAUUUGCGUGAACAUGAGAGGAUCAUGAAAACCAAAUUCGCUGAAAUUUAUGAAGCGCAACAAAAACAUCACGCAACACAACUAGAAAACUUUGAGUUGGUUUUGACUCAACUGAAAAGUUACGUUGAACGAGGUGAGAGUAUCGUACAAAGAAACAUCAGUGCUGAAAUUCUGCAAACAAACCAGGCAAUUAUUUAA